GCCUUACUUCAAUCUCUCUAUCUCUCUGAGCUUUACUUCACGCCUUGACCCUUGUUUCUUCCCUCACGCAAAACCCAUUUGGCUCUCAUCCGGUGCAAAGUGGUUUCUUUCUCUCUUCGCUUUGAAUCUUUCUAAUCUAAUUUUCGCUAUUUUUGUUUAAUACAAGUUUCUGAGAUUUCUGGGUUUCUUUGGUUUGAUCAGUUGAAACACAUCUCUGAUUCAGUUAAUUGGGUUUUCUCUGCUGUGUUUGGGUACUGCGAUUGUGUUAAGCCAUUUUCACUCUUAUGUUAGAUUUCCAAACUCACUGAGACUUUUUCAAAACUAAAGCCUCCAGACAACAAAUCCUUGUAUUAAUUUAACUGGGGUUAGUUGGGUUUUCCAGUUUCAUUUUGAUAAAAAGAAAAGACUACACAAAGCAUAAGAUCUUAGAAUCCUCUCGUAUUUUCCUCCGUUUUCUCAGCAAGCAAACGGUGGAAAUGUUGGGUUCUGGGUUGCGUUUUGGGGCUCUGCGCGGUGAGGAUCGGUUUUACGUCCCGGUGAAAGCAAGAAAGAAUCAGAAUCAACAAAAACAAGCUCGGAGAGCUAAAAAGGGUGAUGAGACUGACAGCCUGGACUCAGCUAGAAAGAGUAAAGACCCUUCAAAUUCAUUGGCAAAGCCUUCUUUGGAGCAAUCCGUAAAUCCUGUUAAGAACCUUGAUAGGUUCUUGGAGUCCACCACGCCUUUGGUCCCGGCCCAAUAUUUCUCCAAGACGACAAUUAGGGGGUGGAGGACUUGUGAUGUUGAGUUUCAACCGUAUUUCAUGUUGAAUGAUCUAUGGGAAACAUUUAAGGAAUGGAGCGCGUACGGGGCAGGAGUGCCUUUGGUUCUUGAUGAGGGUGAUUCUGUUGUUCAAUAUUACGUCCCAUACUUAUCUGGUAUCCAAUUGUACGGUGAACCUGCUACAAGGUCAAAUGCUAAGCCAAGGCAAGUUCGUGAAGACAGUGACUGUGACUACUAUAGGGAUUCAAGCAGUGAUGGAAGCAGUGACUAUGAAAUUGAUAAAGGCAUAAAAUUUACCAGGGAACAGCAGGCUUGUCUCCAUCCAACUAGUGAGGUCCCAAUUAGACUGGGCAGGUUGUCUUUAAAUGAUGAGCAGAGUGGAAGACAAGAAGGCUUUUCUAGUGAUGAUGGUGAAGCAGAGAAUUCUCAAGAUCGGCUUCUCUUUGAGUUUCUUGAGCAGGAUCUCCCUUAUUGCCGUGUACCAUUAGCUGACAAGAUAUUAGAUCUUGCAUGCCGGUAUCCUGGACUGAAGACGUUAAGAAGUUGUGAUUUAAUGGCAGACAGUUGGUUGUCUGUGGCAUGGUAUCCUAUCUACCGAAUACCCACAGGCCCAACAUUAAAAGAUUUGGAUGCUUGCUUUUUAACAUACCAUACUCUUUCCACACCCAUGACAGGUGGUGGAAGUACCCAAGCCCCAGUAGUCAUUUACCCAAGUGAGAUCGAUGGUGUCCCCAAGAUUUCCUUGCCUGCUUUUGGUAUGGCAUCCUAUAAGUUAAAAGGAUCCAUGUGGGCACAACAUGGGGAUAGUGAGUGUCAACUGGCGAAUUCCCUCAUGCAGGCUGCGGAGAACUGGCUGAGACUGCUUGGGGUCAGUCACCCAGAUUUCCAGUUCUUCGCUUCGCAUGGCAUGUACUAUGAAAUCAAGAGAUGACAUGCAGCUGGAUUAUCUUUGCUCGCCACAAGAGAUAAAGCUUUUAAGUUCCAUGUUGAACGGAUGGUCAAACUGGGAUGAAAUGGCACUUGAUGGAGUUUGUAUGGUGUGGAUUUCCUGUUAUGCAAAAGAAACAGAAAUAUGGGGACAACCACAUGCAAAGCAUUAUAAAAAGAGAAAAUGGAAGAAAAAAAAAGGGAUGAAAAAAGUGAAAAAAAAUCAAUGGCUCAAGUGGAAGACUUAAGGCCCAAGAGAGGUGGGGAAAACUGAAAAGAGGCAAAUAAAGAUGAACAUAUGGGGAUGAUAUAUGGCGGCUCAGCUAAAAAAGUGAUGCUUCUGCAAGCUGGUAGUGAGCUCCUUUCAUUUUUUAGACUUUAUUUUAUGUCAUAAUGAGGGAUAAAUAGGUAUUACAAGUUUUCAGGAGGCUUUUGGUUGAUGUAUAAACGGUUUACUUUGGGUAUUCAGAUCCAUUUGAUAAACUUACUAUGUCAUUUUGAUGUGUAGGAAGUGAGAAAGGAAAUAACAGUUUAUGUUUGAGGUA